GAAGAAGAAGAAUGUGAAGAAGAAGAAGAAGAAGAAGAAGAAGAAUGUGAAGAAGAAGAAGAAGAAGAAGAAGAAGAAGAAGAAGAAGAAGAAUGUGAAGAAGAAGAAGAAGAAGAAGAAGAAGAAGAAUGUGAAGAAGUAGAAGAGGAGGAGGAAGAAUGUGAUGAAGAAGAAGAGGAAGAAGAAUAUGAAGAAGAAGAAGAGGAAGAGAAAUAUGAAGAAGAAGAAGAAGAAGAAGAAGAAUAUGAAGAAGAAGAAGAAGAAGAAGAAGAAGAAGAAGAAGAAGAAGAAGAAGAAGAAGAAGAAGAAGAAGAAGAAGAAGAAGAAGAAGAAGAAGAAGAAGAAGAAGAAGAAGAAGAAGAAGAAGAAGAAUGUGAAGAAGAAGAAGAAGAAGAAGAAUGUGAAGAAGUAGAAGAAGAGGAGGAAGAAUGUGAUGAAGAAGAGGAAGAAGAAUAUGAAGAAGAAGAAGAGGAAAAGAAAUAUGAAGAAGAAGAAGAAGAAGAAGAAGAAGAAUAUGAAGAAGAAGAAGAAGAAGAAGAAGAAGAAUAUGAAGAAGAAGAAGAAGAAGAAGAAGAAGAAGAAGAAGAAUAUGAAGAAGAAGAAGAAGAAGAAGAAGAAGAAGAAGAAGAAGAAGAAGAAGAAUAUGAAGAAGAAGAAGAAGAAGAAGAA